AUGGCGGCGCGGCCGCCGCCCAGCCCGGCCACCACCCCACACCGCCACCACCAGGUCCACAACCACCUCCGCCUGGCGGCCAGGCCCGGCCGCCGCAACCGCCAGCUCACCCGCUCCUUCCCGGAGCCGCUCCCCAAUCCCCCACCAUCCCCGAACCCCCCGAACCCGCUCCUCUCCCUCCUCACCGCCGUGCCCGACUGGGCCGACGCCGUCUCCGAGCGGCGCAUACGGGAGCCGCGGCCGCUGUACACGCACGAGCAGUGGCGGGAGCACCGCAGCUCGCUGCGCCACCUGCGGCACCUCCUCUCGUCGCUCUCCUCCCGGGUCAUACUCUCCCUCGUCCCGCCCGUCUCCGCCUUCACCGCCUUCGCCGCCGCCGUCGCCACCUACAACACGCUCGCCCCGGACUACGCGCUCACCGCCUCCUCCCUCCCCUACCAGCUCACGGCCCCCGCGCUCGCGCUCCUCCUCGUCUUCCGCACCGAGGCCUCCUACGCGCGCUUCGACGAGGGCCGCAAGGCCUGGAUGCGCGUCCUCGCCGGCGCCACCGAGCUCGCCGGCAUGGUCAUGCAUUCCUGCGGCGCCGGUGAGCGCGGGGACAACGACACCGGCACGGGCGCGCUCGUCAACUACAUCCUCGCCUUCCCCGUCGCGCUCAAGUGUCAUAUCACUAGCAACUCCGACAUCAGAAAGGACCUUCAGGGCUUGCUCGCAGAGGACGACCUGAAUGUUAUCAUGAGCUCAAAACACCGGCCUCGUUGCAUCAUUGAGUUCAUUUCGCAGAGUCUCCAGAUGUUAGAUUUCGAGGAACAUAAGCGGAGCAUCAUGGAGUCUAAACUGUCUUGUUUCCUUGAAGGAAUUUGUGUGUGCGAGCAGAUCAUCGGGAUUCCUGUUCCUCUGUCAUACACUAGGCUUACUUCGCGGUUUCUUGUCCUGUGGCAUCUCACACUUCCAAUCAUACUAUGGGCAGAAUGUAAAUGGAUAGUCGUUCCAGCUACUUUUGUCAGUGCUGCCUCCUUAUUCUGCAUCGAGGAAGUGGGGGUUCUCAUCGAGGAGCCGUUCCCGAUGCUAGCUCUCGACGCGCAGUGCCAGCAGCUCCACGACAGCAUGCGCGACAUGAUGUCGGUGCAAGGCCUGGUCCGAAAGCAACUGGUGGCCAAGACCAAGGGCCGCGGCAGAGGCGGUAGGCUCCCGCAGAACGGCUGGCCCGUCUCCAGCUCCAGGAGCGAGCAGGUGAAGGUCGACUGA